CAUUGCUCGUCGUUUGAAGUUUUGUAAUGGUGAUGUGUGAACAGAAUUCACGUCCAAGUUCAAAGAAAAAAAUAAUUCACAUAACUUGAACACUACGUUCCCAUCUCUACACAAGAGGUCUUAGAACACAUAUUGUUUUCGGCAAUCGUUCCAAAAGUCCUAUCUUCGCGACCCGGACAAUCACAGAACGCAGUGGAAGGAGAUCGCGUUGCAUUUCAUUGUAUUCGAUUCCAGAAAAAUUGUUCCAAGGAAAAGAGACAGGCAAUCGAGCCAGUACUAUACCUCAUAGAAAGAAAAGCCAACCACUCACAAAACAACAACAACAACAAAAAUGGAAGCCUUUUUUGAAACAUUCUACAACAGCUUUACGUCGUCCGCCGACGAAAACAGCAAAUUCGACGAGCCAAGACAGCCUCUCUACCGGGAGAUUGAGCUAAUAAAAGUCACUGCACCCCGUGACGACCUCAACGUCUUCUCCGAGGAACUCUCCAGGAUCAAGCACAGCAUCGGCGUGGAAAUUAGCAUCGUCAUUCCCUCCCAGAACAAGCAGGAUACCGAGCUGGACCGAAAGCGCACCAAGGAGGAAUGGGAUUUCCUGGACGCCAUCUUUUCCGACACAAUCCCCUUCCUGCACGAUUUUCUGACCUACGGGUCCCCGGAGGCCGAAUUCUUCCAGAUCAAGGGACCCAAGGGAUCCCUCGCCGUCUUCAACGACGUGUGCGCCACCAUGAUCUACGCCAGGGAUCUCCAGUGCAAGCUCGAAAUCACGGACCGGCGCAAGCUCUACGGUCCAAAAUACCUCCGCAAAACCCUCAAGAACGACAUCUUUGGCUGCCCCAACAGCGAGCCCGACCUCUUGGACGCCAUGUUCACGGACGAUUUUUCAAAGGUCAGCCCCGCGCUGCACGGAAUGCUUGUAGCGUAGAUCGAUCGGGACAACGGUGGGAAACCGGAACGCACCCGAAAUGGGGGCGGUUCGCAACCUUGCGGCGUCGGCCGUGUGGCGCUGCAGCGCAAAGCAUCGCGUUCCCCGUCCUUGGGGGGGUGGAGGCUACUUGACUGCGAGCACUAGUCCUAGCAUGUUUUACCGGUUUGUCUGCCUGCGUUUGGGAACGAGAACACAUCGCCAGCGGCCGUAUCCAUCAUUCUGUAUUUGUAACAACAGAACACAAUCAUAACACUCAAAAAUGUACAUUAGAAACAUCACAACGGUAUAUUGCUGCCAUUAACAAAAUAUUAAACUGUUU